CGAGUACCAGAAAACAAUAAUUAAUGUCGCAAUUUCAAGAUUUUAUUAAUUGAAAUGAAAGAGCUUUUGCUAUUAUAAUCGUGACGUGAGGUGUUAGGAUCUUAAUCGUAUGGAGACACUUAUUUCUGUAGUUAUGAUACUUUAUCCUUGAGGGACCCUAUGACAGGCCUGACACAUUGCUUCGAUAACACGACAGGAUGAGAAAGAGGAACAGGGAGCCAUUUUAAGAAGGAAUGCCUCCCACUCUGGUUUCACUGCGAGAGACGAUGAUGAUGUAGCAGAUGCCUGGUCUAGUGUGGAGCCAGUCCGUCUGCCGGCCGACUGCCCUCCUGGAGGCUUGAGAACAUCCGAUCCUCCUGUGGAGAGAGAGAGAGUGAGACCAAAGAUAAUCGGUGGGUUCCGGCCCGUACUUCCAGACCACUUUGGUGACCGUGAGAGAGAUGUAACACAAUGUCAUCAGCCCGACGGGGACACAGCAACUGUAGCUCCCACGGCCCACAGAAAUAUCUCACCGGCCUUUAGAGAGCACGACCGCAUGUGUCUUCGAGUCCAACACUGAGCUAAAGCCGGUGUGAAUUCCUUAACGUAUGCUCAAAUAUACACCAAUGAACUCUACAGCUGCUCUUUAAAGGAUUUACAUCAUAGAAGAGAGUGCAAAGCAGUGAGCUCACAUCUUCUAUAAGCAUCCCAUGUUAACGGAUGCAAUCCAUCAAGGCAUUGGGACCAAAAUGUUUCUGGAUGUUAUGGGGUGUUACUGGUGAAAAACACAAACCUGUGAAAAGAUGCCUCCAUGCACUGUUCUGAGGGUUUACCACAUUUUGCUGUUGGCAUUAUGCAUUUUUGCUAGUGAAGACUUUGACUGGACCAGAAAUGAAAAGGGCUCAUUUACCUUUGGAACAUUUCCUUCAGGAUUCUCUUGGGGUGCUGGGAGCUCAGCAUAUCAAACAGAAGGAGCAUGGGACAAAGAUGGAAAAGGAAAGAGCAUCUGGGAUGUGUUCUCUCAUAAAAAAGGAAAGAUUCACCUAAAUGAUUCUGGAGACUCGUCAUGUGAAGGCUACAACAAAUUUAAGGAUGACAUCACAUUGAUGAAAGAUAUGAAGCUGAACCAUUAUCUUUUUUCCAUCUCCUGGCCAAGGAUUCUGCCCAGUGGCAUUAAGAAUGAAUACAUCAAUGAGAAAGGGAUAGAGCAUUAUGAUAACCUGAUUAAUAUGCUACUAGAGAACAAAAUCACACCAAUUGUGACUCUCUACCACUGGGACUUACCUCAGGUUCUGGAAGAGAAAUAUGGAGGUUGGCAAAAUGCAAGUAUGGCCAACUACUUCAGUGAAUUUGCCAACCUGUGCUUUGAGAGGUUUGGCAACCGAGUGAAAUACUGGAUCACCUUCAACAAUCCUUGGUCUGUUGCAGUGGAGGGUUACGAGACUGGAGAACAUGCUCCUGGUUUGAAGAUGGGGGGUACUGGAGCCUAUAAUGCUGCCCACAACAUCCUUAAGGCUCAUGCUAAGGUCUGGCACACAUACGAUGACCAAUGGCGAAACAAGCAGAAAGGCAUGGUGGGCAUCUCCCUGUCGGCUGACUGGGGAGAACCAGUGGAUGUGACCAAUCAACGUGAUAUAGAAGCCGCUGAAAGAUACGUCCAGUUCUACCUGGGCUGGUUUGCCACACCACUCUUUAAUGGAGACUAUCCUCAAAUAAUGAAAGACUACGUAGCCAGAAAGAGUGCCCAGCAAAGUCUGAGUAGCUCUCGUCUGCCUACGUUCAGCCCUCAUGAGAAAAGUUAUAUGAGAGGCACCUGUGACUUCAUGGGCAUCAGCCACUUCACCACUCGCUACAUCACACAAAAGAAUUUUCCCUCUAACCGCGGAAACAGCUACUUCACUGACCGCGACCUCGCUGAGCUAGUGGACCCACGCUGGCCUGACCCCGGAUCAGAGUGGCUCUACUCUGUGCCAUGGGGCUUCCGCCGUCUGCUGAAUUUUGUGAAGACACAGUAUGGAGACCCCAUGAUAUACGUAACAGGAAAUGGAGUAUCAGAGAGGAUGAUGUGCACAGAUCUCUGUGAUGAGUGGAGAAUGCAGUACUUCAGGGAUUACAUCAAUGAAAUGCUUAAAGCGGUUAAAGAUGGUGUGAAUGUGAAGGGAUACACGGCUUGGUCACUGCUUGACAAAUUUGAAUGGGAUGAGGGCUACUCUGAAAGAUUUGGCAUGUAUUACGUGGAUUUUGGGAGCAAAAAUAAACCCCGCUACCCUAAAGCAUCCGUUCCGUACUACAAACGCAUCAUCAGCUCUAACGGUUUCCCCAACGAAAGAGAGAUUGAAGGCUGGAAAAGAAAAGCACUGGAAACAUGCACCUCAAGUAACCAGCUACUUGCAGCAGCUAGAAGAAAAUCGAAGGAAAAUAAGGAACAUGCAGAUAUGCCAAAGGUUUGGCCAGUGCAUGAUGAAGUUUAGAUCCAUUAAUCAGCCACAUGGAGAUGGUCACAGAGAUUGUCGUCCCCACUGUGUGCACUCUCUGCAUUCUGCUCAGUGCAGUUUUCCUCAUGUUUCUGCUGAGAACACAAAUAUAAAACAAACAUUUACACAUCUAUACCAUUUAUUUACAUUAUAACACAAUUUAUUCAGCUACUUACUAAUAUUGAACAUGAUAUACAGAGAUGUGUUUUCAUGACAUUUCAAAUAAAAUGCUCCUUAAAUGUGCAUCUGUGCAUUUGUUACUUUAAAAGCAAUAAGCACUUUGCUAGCAUAUAAGCAGAAACUAUUGUAAAGAGAAGACACAAAAAAGUUAC